UGUUGGACUGACUCUCCGUAUGUGGAGUGUAGAGGGCUGCUAAAGUUGCUCGAAAAAAUUCGAAUUUGCGCUCGGUUUUCUGAUUAUUUUUGUUCGGAGCAGUUUGCCAACCACUGGGGCAGGUGUUGUUAUUUCUACAGCUGAUUUCUCUCCUCUAUCGUCUAAAUCUCUUCUAUUUCUGAAAUAUUCUGAUGAAGAGAACGUCAGUCAUAACCACCAAAUGCAAUAAUGACCAAAUCAACGAAACUUCGACACUGUAAACAGAAAAAGAAGAAACCGGAAAAGACUCCGAAGGGGAAUCCGCCGAUUCUUAUAACCGAAAAGUCCAUUGAAGACGCUGCAACCACUACAUCGACUACAGAUGCUCUUCUCGGAUCACCCGAGGGCUCACGGAGCAAAUCUCGAAAGCUUAAGCUGUGUUGUUGUACGGCUCAAGCAGCAACAUUAUCUCCUCUUGACCCAACUUCUUAUGGUGGAAUAGCAUCAACAAGUGCCCACAACGGGAUGGUCGGUGGCCUGUCACGUGACAGUCGGGCAGCAUCAAGAACCUCAAAACGUGGAUCGUCGAAAAGUUUGAAUAGACCGCAGAUAGAUGCAGACGAACCAUCGACAAGUGGGACUAACCCGGACAGAAGGCCAUCCACACAUUUUGUAUUGGAUCUGCCAGUGGUUUCGACGCGAUUACGAAAGCUGUCCGAGGCGUUCUUCAAUGCACAACAUGGAGAUAAAAUUGAUCUGAUGAAUGAUUGGGAAAUCGGUGGAACACAGAAUAAAUGGGUCUGUCCAAGUGAUCGGCAUUUGCAUUUAAGAGCACAAUUAAAAUCAGGAUGGUCCGUACGGACGGCAACAGCGCGAUCCCCAACCAACUCAAAAGCUCAAACUGGAUCGAUUACUGCCGCCGAGCAAGAACACAUUCAGAAGGUCCUUGCAAAAGCGGAAGAGAGCAAAUCAAAAGAACAACAGAGGAUUGGAAAAAUGGUGGAUCGUCUAGAAAAAAUGAGGAGGCGGGCGACAGGAAAUGGUGUAACACACUGUUUGUUAUGUCAUACCGAGUUCGGACUACUCGCAUCGAAAAGCUAUGCAGCAAUGUGUGUGGAUUGUAGAAAGUACGUGUGCCAACGAAACUGCGGAGUCGAGACAACUGAUGUGAAUCAAACGACUGGAAAAGUGGAGACAGUAUUCCUUUGCAAAAUUUGCUCAGAAGCCAGAGAGGUGCUAUGGAAGAAGUCUGGCGCCUGGUUCUACAAAGAGAUGCCAGAAUUCCAACGUCCAGAUGACCGACUACCCUAUUACGUUCCAGUCACUACAAACGGAACUCUUCCGAAUGCUUCUUCUGCAGCUACUCCACUUUCUGGAACACCCGGUGGUGCUGGACCACAGCCAAUGACAAUGCCAUCCACAUCAUCUUGUCAGAUGACAACACCAAAAUGGGCAUCGCCGGGAGUAUGUAACUCACCAGGACUUCAGAUGAAUGGAGGACCCACUUCACCUCUUCCAAAUGGAACUCGAAGAAAUACUGGACAUGGCGGUAUCGAAUUUCCAAGCUCAAGUCGUCCCAGCAUCUGCUCUGUGCUUCAGGCCAUCGAACCGCUCGACAGGUCGAAAUCUCCGAGACCCAGGAUUCAACCAAGAUGGGUAAACGAGAAAGUGAUGAGCAGUAUGUCAGUGGAUGAUGAGGAGAAAGCAGCAAGUUCGUCGGAUGGUGAAUCCUUCGUCCAGUCAGGCGUUCCACGUCGUGCUCUGAACAACAAAACCCCAGUUGGCUCAACUUCAGCAACCACAUCUCCAGCUCCACCACCAACAUCUACAACACCGACGUCUCGUCGUGAAGCUAAUAUGGAACGAUUCUCCCGGCAUACUCAUGCUCAUGCAAAUCGUCUCUAUAGUACUGAUGAUGAUGACGACUCAUCUCCAGAAUCUCGUCCAUCAACACGCUCAACAUCUCCACGUCAUUCACUUGCCACUCCUUCUUCAUAUGCUCAUGAUACAUGCCAUGAUACUUCACUUCCUGAUGCCGAUACUCGCAGCAUUGACAGCGGAGUCGUUCAAUCGGAUCACUCGAAUCCUCAGCAAUCCGGUCUCACUUGCUCAUCUUCAUCUCUGACACCACUACAACAACAAGCCAGCCACGAUCAUCACUCUGGAGGAGGAACUCCUAGAAGAAUCUCAAAUCCAGAUCGUACCACGUCCCGAGUUGCUCAGAGUGCUUCAGGCACCUCACUUGUCACCCCACCUCCGCCAAUCUCCUCCCGAACAAGCCCGGAUAAUUGUAACUCGAGUCCAUUAAAUGUUAUGGAGCACAAGUCUUCUAGUGCUAGUACGGCGAGUAGCGGUGGAAAUCGAAGAGUUGGCUCCGCGGAGCCAGUUCUUAACAAUCAUCACGCAAUGCAUAAUAAUCAGAAUCAUAAUGACAUAAAUAAGAAAUUGAUUUCGCAAACAAGCCGAGCAGAAUCUCCAUUAGCAGCUUCUUCGAGCUUCUUGAGCUCACCAGAUGAUGAUACAAAGCAAAAGAAUCGCCGUCGUGACGGUGUUGGUCGUGUCAAUUCCCUGCAACUUAGAACAUCUCUUGAUGACGUGGCACCUCCUGUAGCUCCAAUAUCAAAGAUGAAUGGGCAUAUAGUGUCGUCUGAGCCAACUUCUUCUACUACCUCUAACCAGAAUCAUACGUCGGUCCCAAUUCCAACAGUGCCAGUUGUUCCAGAAGAAGAAGAAGAGAAGGCAAUCACAGCGAGCACUGAAUCGGCUUCUGAACCUGGUAGCCUUGGCUCAAUCACAUUGACACUCACGUAUCACUCAGCUGAUAAGAAGCUCAAAAUGCAUUUAAUCCGAGCGAAAAACCUUAAGGCAAUGGACUCAAAUGGAUUCUCGGAUCCAUAUGUUAAAUUCCAUUUACUUCCUGGAAAUACAAAAGCGACAAAGUUGACGUCAAAAACAAUUGAGAAGACUUUGAAUCCUGAAUGGAAUGAGGAAAUGUCGUAUUAUGGGAUCACCGAGGACGACAAGGAGAAGAAAAUUCUCCGCGUAACCGUACUCGAUCGUGACCGUAUUGGAUCCGACUUUCUUGGUGAGACCCGAAUUGCGCUCAAGAAGCUCAAUGAUAACGAAAUGAAAAAGUUCAAUCUAUACCUGGAAAGUGCGCUUCCAGUCCCUCAACAAACGAAGGAAGAGGAAAAUGAAGAUCGUGGAAAGAUUAAUGUUGGAUUACAAUAUAAUAUUCAACAAGGAUCUCUCUUCAUCAACAUCAACCGAUGUGUCGAACUGGUUGGAAUGGAUUCUACAGGAUUCUCCGAUCCUUAUUGCAAGGUUUCAUUGACACCGAUCACAUCAAAAGCGCAUCGGGCGAAAACGUCGACGAAAAAGCGAACUUUGAAUCCAGAAUGGAAUGAGCAACUUCAAUUCGUGGUUCCAUUCAAAGAUCUUCCGAAGAAAACUUUACAAAUCGGAGUUUAUGAUCACGAUUUGGGCAAGCAUGAUGACUAUAUUGGUGGAAUUUUACUUUCCACGUCGGCAAAGGACGAACGUGGCCGUCAAUGGAUAAAAUGUAUCGAAAAUCCGGGAACUUUGGUUGAAGCAUGGCAUCGACUUGAAUUGGAUUCGUAG